AUGGCGGCAGCCGGGGACAGCGGCCGCCUCCUCUGCGUGACGGGCGCCAGCGGCUUCAUUGGCUCCUGGCUCGUCCGCUGCCUCCUUGACCGCGGCUACACCGUCCACGCCACCGUCAAGAACCUCCAAGAUGAGGGCGAGACGAAGCACUUGCAGGCCAUGGGCGGCGCCGACACGCGUCUCCGGCUGUUCCAGAUGGACCUCGUCGACCCUGCUUCCGUUCGGCCAGCGAUCCAAGGCGCCCAUGGUGUCUUCCACCUGGCGUCUCCUAUGAUACUGCAGGCAGAAGAUCCAGAGAAGGAGCUGCUGGAACCUGCGGUGAAGGGAACCCUCAACGUUCUGCGUGCCGCUAAAGAUUGUGGAGUCGGCCGCGUUGUGCUCAUGUCGUCACAGGCGGCUAUGGUGCCGAAUCCCAACUGGCCUGCGGGCAAGGUCAUAGAUGAUGAUUCUUGGGCCGACGUUGAGCUGCUCAAGAAGCUUCAGAUUUGGUACAGCGUAUCCAAAACACUGGCAGAGAGAGCCGCAUGGGACUUUGCCGAGAAGGAGGGGUUGCAGAUAGCUGUGCUCAAUCCAGGGAUGGUAUUGGGCCCAAUGUUAACACCAUCAGUUAACACCAGUCUGCGUCUGUUGCUGCAAAUUCUGGGAGGUCAGUCAAUCACUGUCUCUUGUUGUGUUGCAAAUCUGCAAAACAUGAAUAUUUAUAUAUGCUCUCAUGGUACGAAGUAUCUAAAGAGUGCAAACUACCCAGGCGAGAGGCUUGACUUGGACGACAUCUACAUGGGCUGUGUUGAUGUGAGAGACGUCGCGCACUCUCUCAUAAUGUUGUACGAGAACCCAUCAGCACAAGGACGCCACUUAUGCAUCGAAUCCGUUGAACGCCUGGUUGAUUUGGCCAAUAAGAUUGCUGAUCUUUACCCUGAACAUCCGGUUCAGAGGUGA